CUCACCAAAAAACUGGACCUUCGGGGCAACAGCUUCACGGUCAUCCCAGUGGGUGCCUUCCUUGCCAUUCCAUACCUCACACACUUGGACCUGCAGCGCUGCAAGGUGGAGAGGCUAGAGGAAGGGGCUUUCCGGGGGCUGGGGAGGCUGGUCUACCUCAACCUGGCCUUCAACAGCAUAGCCCUCCUCUACCAGGAGUCCUUGGAUGGACUGUCCUCCCUCCAGCAGCUCAUCCUGAAGGGGAACCGCAUCGAGGAGAUCCAGUUGGGUGCUUUUGGCCAUCUGGGGUCCCUCACUGUCCUCGACCUGAGAGCAAACGCCUUGGUCUACCUCCCAGACAUGGUGUUCCAGGGUCUUCAGGUCCUCAGGUGGCUCCGGCUGUCCCACAACGCCCUGCACGUGCUGGACAGCGAGGCCUUUGCCGCCCUGCCCACCCUGCGCAGGCUGAGCCUGGACCACAAUGAGCUGCAGGCACUGCCUGGUGAGGCUCUGGCCAGGCUGGAUGGGGUUUCCAGGCUGGACCUGGGCCACAACCCCAUCACCUACGUGGCCGAGGAGGCCCUGGCCAUGGCCUCCCUAAAGCACCUCUUCCUGGACCAUGCUGCCCUCCAGGACGUGGCACCCGACGCCUUCACCCACAGCCCCCAGCUGCACACACUGGACCUCCGUGAAAACCAGCUGCAGGGGCUGCCACCCCUGGCCGGGGCUGCGGGGCUGGCGAGGGUCAGCCUGGCCGGGAACCCCCUGCUCUGCUCCUGCCUCCUGCGCCCCUUCCACGACUGGCUAGCAAGGGCACGGGUGCAGGUGGAGGGG